CAGAGUUGGGAAGACAUCACUAAUUAUGUCUCUUGUCAGUGAAGAAUUUCCAGAAGAGGUUCCACCACGAGCUGAAGAAAUCACCAUUCCAGCUGAUGUCACCCCUGAAAGAGUGCCAACCCACAUAGUGGAUUAUUCAGAAGCAGAGCAAAGUGAUGAGCAGCUUUACCAUGAAAUAUCACAGGCAAAUGUGAUUUGUAUAGUAUAUGCUGUUAACAACAAGAACUCUAUUGAUAAGGUAACAAGUCGAUGGAUUCCUCUCAUCAAUGAAAGGACAGACAAAGAUAGCAGGCUGCCUCUUAUAUUUGUUGGAAACAAGUCUGAUCUAGUGGAAUAUAGCAGUAUGGAAACUAUCCUUCCCAUUAUGAAUCAAUAUACAGAGAUAGAAACAUGUGUAGAGUGUUCAGCCAAAAACUUGAAGAAUAUAUCUGAGCUAUUUUAUUAUGCACAGAAAGCUGUUCUACAUCCUACAGGUCCUCUUUAUUGCCCAGAGGAGAAAGAGAUGAAACCUGCCUGUAUUAAAGCACUCACUCGCAUUUUUAGAAUUUCUGAUCAGGAUAAUGAUGGUACUCUCAAUGAUGCAGAGCUCAACUUCUUUCAGAGAAUUUGUUUUAAUACACCACUGGCACCUCAAGCUUUGGAAGAUGUAAAGAAUGUAGUCAGGAAAAACCUAAGUGAUGGAGUUGCCGAUAAUGGAUUAACAUUAAAAGGUUUUCUUUUUCUACACACACUUUUCAUUCAGCGAGGAAGGCAUGAAACAACUUGGACUGUUUUACGUCGCUUUGGAUAUGAUGAUGACUUAGAGCUUACACCAGAGUACUUGUUUCCUCCGCUAAAAAUUCCUCCAGACUGCACAACAGAAUUAAAUCAUCAUGCAUACUUGUUUCUUCAAAGUAUUUUUGAUAAACAUGAUUUGGACAGAGAUUGUGCUUUGUCUCCCGAGGAAUUGAAAGAUUUGUUCAAAGUCUUCCCUUACAUGCCAUGGGGACCUGAUGUUAACAACACUGUUUGUACAAAUGAAAGGGGGUGGAUUACAUACCAAGGGUUUCUCUCUCAGUGGACACUAACCACAUACUUAGAUGUACAGCGUUGCCUGGAGUACCUGGGUUAUUUAGGCUACUCGAUACUUGCAGAACAAGAAUCUCAAGCAUCAGCAAUUACAGUAACAAGAGAUAAAAAGAUAGACCUCCAGAAAAAACAGACUCAGAGAAAUGUUUUCCGAUGUAAUGUUGUUGGGAUGAAAGGCUGUGGGAAAAGUGGAGUUCUUCAGGCGCUUCUUGGAAGAAAUCUAAUAAGACAGCGGCAAAUACGUGCAGAACACAAAUCUUACUACGCCAUUAAUACAGUCUAUGUAUAUGGACAGGAAAAAUACUUGCUGCUACAUGAUGUCAGUGACUCUGAAUUUUUAACUGAUGCUGAGACCAUAUGCGAUGCUGUCUGCCUGGUAUAUGAUGUCAGUAACCCUAAGUCCUUUGAGUACUGUGCCAGGAUUUUUAAGCAGCACUUCAUGGAUAGCAGAAUACCAUGCUUAGUGGUAGCUGCAAAGUCCGACUUGCAUGAAGUUAGACAGGAAUAUAGUAUUUCUCCUGCUGAAUUCUGCAAAAAACACAAAAUGCCUCCACCUCAAGCCUUUACUUGUAAUACUGUUGAUGUGCCGAGUAAGGAUAUCUUUGUUAAACUGACAACUAUGGCAAUGUAUCCCCAUGCCCGGUUACGCUGUAUGUGCGCCUGCAACAGGUGUACAUUUUGCAUCUGUCAGAACUUCCUCAACUCAGACUUGCUGCAAUCUGUAAAGAACAAACUCUUCACUGCAGUUCUUAACAGGUGUUCGUUUGUAUUUGUCUGGUUGGCACUUAAUCUCUUUUUACUACAUUGUUUUACCUCUUUUUAAAAGCAAGGUUUCUGCUUAUGUUAUUCUAACCCUUUCUUUAAUGAUGAGCUUGGAUUUUCGGCUUUUUUUUUUUAACUCCAGAGCAUCAAUUUUAAGUGUGUUUUUCUGCUUUCUUGGUUUUAAAUCAUUCACUUGUUGCCUUUUGCUUGUAUAGUAGUGGCAUUUUUCUGUCAGCUAAGAUCAUUUCAAAAUAAAAUAAUUCUAAUGCAUGAGAAUUGUGUUGUUCAGUGAGGGAGACUUCUCAGAGCAUGUUUUUUUUCUGUCUUCUAAAGUUUUUAAAUAUUGUGGCGUAGAAGUGAAGUUCUACCUGCAUAUAAAACAUGGUUGUUUCAGGAAUUAUUUGUAAGAUUUAUUUUUUUUUUCCUAUGAAAACCUUCCUUCUGUGAAAUUAAAGUUAAGACAAUAGUUUCACUUUCCUGUAAUAAUGGGAAAGUUUUAAGAGUAUAACCCAGGAUUUAUUUUUCACUCUGUGCAGUGUAUGCAGAUUAUUUUUCAAAACUAUAGUAUAUUGCCAUUAAAUCUAAUUGCAGAAAUCUAGCCCUAUACUUAGGCAUCUCCCAAAUUAGGACAGUAUAACAAUAUUUUACUUACCUAUUUUCCUCCUUCUCUAAACUGUUUAAUACCCUGUACUGAGUAGAAGAUUGCAAAGCUGUGCCCCCUGAUUUCUUUCCAAAUAGAAUGUAUUGAAUUGGCAUUUUACAUUCUUUUUAGGUUUUGUAGGUAGUAGGAUGCACUUGGAGCUUUUCACGUUUUAGAUGACUAAUACAUGGGGGAAAAUUCUAACUGCUGGAGUUGGUUUGCAUCCUAAGAAAAUAUGUGCCUGAAGGGAAGCUGCAGCAGCUUGCACAUGUUACGUGAUGUUUUUAGAAUUCAGUUGCUUAUAUUUUAUUGUUAGAACUUAUUGUCUGUCAGAGCAGGCAGCUGCUGCUGCUGCUGCUUGCUGGCUGCAUUAACUUGCUUAUAACUUUGAUGUGAGUAGCCACGUGACUAGCCUGUUGGUCUCACCACAGUGCUUUUGAAAUGCUUUUGUAGUUAAUACAGGAAUGUUUUUGAACUCUUAUAGUUAUGGUUAAACCUUCCCAGACCUGGGAUUCUUCUGCUGCUGACACAGGGAAAAGUGUCAGUAUUGGCCCAUAACUCAGCAAUUUUCUGUGUGUAACCAUGACAGGCAUGCUCAGUUAACCUCUUGAUAAGUGCAUGUUGCAAACUUCUUGUGAGUUGUUAAAGCCUCUUAAAAGAAAGACUGUACAGAUUUCAAAGAUCUUAUUCAACAAGUGACAAGUUACUUGAUGCGCUAUUAAGGGUAGUUUGAAUAAAAAUCUCUCUUUUUUUCCAAAUGUGCAUUAAAGUCUGAAUUUUAUGCCAAAGGCAAAAUUUCUAGACUUUCUUACAUAUGUAGAACUAAUUCUGUGAUUAAAUACACACACCAAUCUAUUUGGGAAGUUUGAAAGCUAGUUAUUACUACUAAUAAGCAAGAGUUUCAAAUACAGCUUCAUUUAUGGAGUCCUAAGUACUACUGUGUGUGUGUAUAUGUGCACAUCCAUAUAUAUGUUUAACCCUUGGAGAGAAUAACUUUUCUAAUUCAGAGUUACUCUCCUACUACAAGGCAGUAAUAAUUUCUACCACUGGUGAAAAUUAGUUCCAUAAACACAGCCACACUAAAAUUAAAUUUGAACGUUAUUUAUUGAAGAGGUAGAAUUUUUCAGUAUGUAUUGAGAAAAGUUUUUCUGGAUUAUAGCUGCUUUCAUGUCAAAGAACCUGUGUUGGAAGCAAACAUUGAUCCUUUUUCAUUAUUUCAGGCAGAUAUAUUGGGGUUUUUUUCUUUUAAUGGCAGCUAAACAAUAUUAGGGAUCAAGUUGAAAAAAUUGAAUUUAUGACAGCAUAAGGAACACUUAAGGAAAAAAAAAUUGGAGUUUUUUUUAAAGGUGUAAACCAAUUAGACAUCCGUAGUGUUCUGAAUUUCAGUAAGGAUGUUUGGGCUGAGAUGUUCAGAGGGCCCUAAUCGUUUCUUAAUUGAGGUUAUAAGACAAAUCCCUGCCUUGAUUUAGUUUCUUUAUUUAAAUGAGUCAGUUACUGUUAGGCUUAGAAAAGGGAUCAGAGACAAUUUACUCUCCCUUUAGACAUGAAAAGAGGAUUUUAUCAUGACUGAGAAUAUAUUAAUUGUUUUUAAAAGGAUGAAGCAUGCUCAGCAAGUUUCUUGCAUACCAUUAAAUAUGGACAUGUGCAAAAGUCACAACAAGGCAAAUUAUUGAUAGGAAUCAGAAAAUCUAGAUAUGGGAGAUAGUGCUUUAUGAGGCAAUGCAAAAGCAUUCAUUUGCAACUUAAACAGUGAUUUGUACUUUUAAAGGGAUGCUUUUUAAAUUAUACAAAUAGUUGGGCAUUUGAAUUAACCAAAUUAAAUUUGACAGUUGUUAGUUACACAAAAAUUCACCCAACAGAGCUUGUCACAUAAUCUAUUAAAAUCAUGUUACAUACAAGUGAUUUAUUUUACAUACACUGAUAGGUUUUAUAAUUUACAGAUCUGAAGACAAGUGUUUUAUAGUCUUUUACUAAAAAAAAACCACAAAUGCUAAAGCUCUUAGUAGUGAUAAAAUACAGUCUUGAAUUGAAUUAGCAACAGUAAUGAGAUCUUGUGAGUUUUAGGGCUGAUGUGUUGGAGUUGUUCCAGUGUGUUUAGCACAGGUACUCUAGCUCGUGUGUAUGGUGCAGGAGUAUUGCCAUAUCCUGUCGACAUGAAAGUUGAGGCUUUGGGGAUGGAGUGGGAAGAGAUUCAGUUUCUUAAGCCAUUUUCUUUGUCCUUAAAGCAAUGGCAUUUAGCUACAUAAAAUAAUAUUUUUUUUUUUACUUAGCUCAUCAAAAGUAUAAACUCCAUUUAUUUCUUUUUUUUCCCAAGCACUAAGUUUUUAACAACUACACAAGAAUCACGGGCUAGAUAGCUAAAAAUUAUAAAUUCUCUGGGCUUUGUCAUUUGAGCAUAUUUGAGACACUUGCUGUUGUUGAGCCAUGCUAUGAACUGCAAACUGUGCAUGU